AUGACGGAGCAAGGAACUGCGCUGGUGGCCGCAGGAAGCCACUGCCAAAUUUCGGCCAUGGAGUUUCUGAGAAAGCACAAUGCCACCGUGGCGAACACAGUCGAAGAAGACUGCAUGGAGUCAACUCUCGUGCAGGUUGUCCGAACGCACGCCAUGAACACCGAAUCUUGCCAGCAGAAGGCCAAGGCUUCCUCAGGCGAGGGCACCGCGCAGAACUACACGGCGCUGUGGGAUGUCCUCGCCAUCCUCCAGCAGAUGAGCCCGUCUGCAUACAAAGCUUGCCAAGGCGAGGCAUUGAAGGAAGCUCUGGAAAAAACUGACCUCUCAGCUGUGGCGGUGCUCUUGGACAGUGUGAAAAACGUAGACGAGCUGGCAGGAGGACCCCUUGCGCCCAUAUUGAAGAACCUUUGGUCGAGCAAAACGCUGACGGACGAUGCCUUCUUGGAUUCAGUGGUCCUUCUUCACGAACACGGCAUGAACCUGGAGCCCCCCAAAGAGGCCAUACUGCCCUUCGUGGCUGGGAAAUGCAAAGUCCACAUGGUGAAGAUGCUGCUGGACCUGGGGGCUAGCCCGGAAGCACGGUUCGGCCGCAGCAACGCCAGCAGCAAGGCUAGUAGGUGUCAGGAGCCGGAGAAGGAAGCCAUCCAGUCUGAGUUGCAGAAACAUUGA